AUGAAGUCAUAUUUAUUUAAAUUUCUCUUAUUCCUUCUCCUUUUCAUUCUCAACCCAUCAACCCUUUCAGCUGGAUUCCUUUCUUCUCUAGAAAAACAAAUAAUAAACAAGAUCAAGGGCGAAGCUAGUCACUAUGCAUGGAAGAAGACGUUAGACAAGAUCAAACAGUUACCUCCACCAGAUGCACAGCCAGCCAAAGAGAUCAAGGGCCUAUCUGAAAUCAAACAGUAUUUCUACUAUUUCGGUUACCUCCCGCAAUCCGCUCCAUUCAAUGACAUUCUAGACGAGGUUACAAUUUCAGCUCUUAAGACCUACCAGAAAUAUUUCAAUCUCCAAGUUACCGGUGAUUUAAACAUCCAGACUUUACAACAAAUCUCUUUACCAAGAUGCGGUGUCCCUGACAUGAAUUUCGAGUAUAGUUUCACUGAUACACUUAAUGUGUCGUGGCCGAAAGGAAACAACAGGUUUCCUUCCGGCACUAGAAACCUUACCUAUGGAUUUGCUCCAGAGAGUAAAAUCUCAUUCAACUCUACUCAAGUGUUGAGAAAUGCAUUAACCCGAUGGUCACAGACUACAAACGUCCUGAGUUUCAAUGAGACAGCUUACGAUGUUGCCGACAUUAAGAUUGGAUUCUACAUUUACGAUGAUGAGAUUGAGGAUGUUGUGAUAGGGGGCUCUUUUAUAAACAAGCAACUCAAUUCUAAUGUAAUGUCAGGUGUGAUAUCGCUUGACGCUUCGGAGCACUGGGUGUUGCCGGAUGAGAACUAUACUUGGUCUUGGCAGGAUGUAGAAAUUGAUUUGGAGACUGCGGUGAUGCAUCAGAUAGGUCAUCUGCUUGGACUUGAUCAUUCUUCUGAUGAGGAGUCAAUUAUGUAUCCAACAAUAUUGCCAUCAAAACAAAGGAAGGUGGAGAUUACAGAUUCUGAUAACAAAGCCAUCCAACAACUCUAUUCUAUUAAAGACAACAACAGAAGUUCUGGUAACGUUGGACUUGGACGCUUUACAAUAUUUAGGUCUAGUUACAGUUUCGUAAUAUCUUUGUCCCUUGGAUUUGCUUUCAUGGCUAUUCUGAACUAGUUUCUGGAAUUAUAUCCUUUAGUUGGGGAAUGAAUAAUUUAUUUGUGUAAUAUUGCUUCUGUCUAAUUUUCAGUUAACUUAUUAUAAGGUGUUUUUCGUUAUUUGUCACUGGUUUGGAUUUUAAGAGCAUCUCCAAUGUAAAAUCUACUUAAGGGUUAUUUAUUA